AGGGAGGGUGCAAGUGAGCAGUGAGUGAGCCAGCGAGGGCGGCCGAGUCCCUAGAACAGCCGAGAUUCCUCCCGUCCCUCUGACCCCCUCCCCGGAGCCCACAGCGCCUCCGGUCUCCAGUGGAGCGGACACGGCCCGGCCCGGCCAUGGCCUCGUUGCUGAAGGUGGAUCAGGAAGUGAAGCUCAAGGUUGAUUCUUUCAGGGAGCGGAUCACAAGUGAGGCAGAAGACUUGGUGGCAAAUUUUUUCCCAAAGAAGUUGUUAGAACUUGAUAGUUUUUUGAAGGAACCAAUCCUAAACAUCCAUGACCUAACUCAGAUACACUCAGACAUGAAUCUCCCAGUCCCUGACCCCAUUCUUCUCACCAAUAGCCACGAUGGACUGGACGGUCCCACUUACAAGAAGCGAAGGCUGGAUGAGUGUGAAGAGGCCUUCCAAGGAACCAAGGUGUUUGUGAUGCCCAAUGGGAUGCUAAAAAGCAACCAGCAGCUGGUGGACAUUAUUGAGAAAGUGAAACCUGAGAUCCGGCUGCUGAUUGAGAAAUGCAACACGCAGAAAAGGCAAGGAUCCUCAUUUAUAUACUGUAUUAUUUAUCACAUGUAUUCUGGUCCCCUCACCCUCCAGGUCAAAAUGUGGGUACAGCUCCUGAUUCCUAGGAUAGAAGAUGGGAACAACUUUGGGGUGUCCAUUCAGGAGGAGACAGUUGCAGAACUAAGAACUGUUGAGAGUGAAGCUGCAUCUUAUCUGGACCAGAUUUCUAGAUAUUAUAUUACAAGAGCCAAAUUGGUUUCUAAAAUAGCUAAAUAUCCCCAUGUGGAGGACUAUCGCCGCACCGUGACAGAGAUUGAUGAGAAAGAAUAUAUCAGCCUUCGACUCAUCAUAUCAGAGUUAAGGAAUCAAUAUGUCACUCUACAUGACAUGAUCCUGAAAAAUAUCGAGAAGAUCAAACGGCCCCGGAGCAGCAAUGCAGAGACACUGUACUGAGGCCAGGGCCAGGGCCAGGGGACUCUGUGAGUCUGGCUCAAGACCGACAUUGCCUUGGUUUGUUACAUGACUAUCGUGAUGGGGAAACUGGCUGGAUAUAGUAAUCACACCUCUCUCUGUUUUUAGUUAGAGUCUAAUGAAACUCUCAUGUAGUUCUGUGACGUGUUUACCUCUUUUUUCAGGCCUCAGGAACUCUUCUAUUUCCUUCCCUAAUACCCUACACCCGACCUGUCCUAAUUUCUGGAGAACUCCAGGUUUGUGUGUGCAGGAUAUCAGCACAAGAAUAUGUGUGUUUUCUCUCCCUGCCCUUUCCCUCCUAUGUCUUGGGCUUUGUGUUUUUUUUCCUUCUUUUGAUUAGUUGAUUAGAAGCUGAGGGAACUGGAAGGAAAGUGCUAGGUGUUUUUUAGGAACUGGAGUCGGGGGGGACCAGCUCCUCUCCUCUGACAUAAGGUUAGUGUCUCUUGCCACUGUGUGGGACAUUGGAUCUUCUCUCCCACAGUUUCCCUGGUAAUGACUUAGGGUUUCCCAUUCACAUACCUCCCACCUUGAACCUGAUCAUGACAAGAAACACCUUAGGCCUUCAGCCAAAUCCCUAGCUCCUUGAGAUGUUUUUAUAACUAGGAUUUUCACAUACACAUAUGUGUGUGGUAUACACAGACAGACAGAGCAUAUGCCUUCCUACUCUGUUACCUGAUUUCCCCAUCCCUUCAUCUGUGGUGUUGUCCCAUACACCCCCCCCCCCCACCAAUCCCAUGAACCCUGUCACACAUCAUUCAGAAAGUGAUAGUUGUCCUAGUCCUCACCCCCCAGGGCCCUUUGUUUUGCUAUUAUAGCCUCUUGGUGCCCAGAGGCUGGUAAGUUGGAGGAGAGCUAAGAGAUGAGAAGUAGAGGAUUUGGGGAAGGCCCCUUUCUCUGUGACUCGGGUCCUUUCGGGCGUUAUUGCAAAGGAUGGUCCUCUGACUCCUGGUUGCCUCUUCCCAGGCCAGUUGUAAAUGGGGUGGGGCUGUCUGCAGCUGUGAGGGCCAGAUGCUGCUGCUCCUGCUGGGCUUUCCUAUGGGAAAAAUAUUUCUCUUAUUUAUAGUAUUGUGCUUCCAAGGAAAGCAGCACCUGUGUGUGUGUGUGUAUGUGUGUGCGUGCACAUGUGCACGUGCGCAUCGUGUGUAUGUGAAAAUCUGCUGGGCAAGUCAAAACUAUAGAAGAGUUGCCUCCUAUCUCUCUAAUCUUCCAGAGAUAUCACUUGAUACAGCUUUUCUGUUAGCCGUCAUCAAACCCCCACUUUUUCAUCCUGCCACUACUGGAGAGUCCGUAUCUGCAGUCAGCCUGCCAGUGACUCUCAGUAUCUGUUUCUGACUUUCAUUCUUCCCCUGUCUCCUUGCCUUCAACCCCAAUCACAUUUCCGCCCAGAUGCAUCAUUUUUACUCCAAGUAUGCUGUAGAGAAGGAGUCAGGAUGCUGUCUUCCCAUGAAUAGUACUCAGUAACAAACCAAUUGCAUUUUAGUUGGGCAGUGCCCCUACCCACCCUCCAGAUCCCUUCCAGCUGAAACCCUUCCCUACUGCCACCAUGUGUUUCUCAGUUU